AUGGCCUCGUCGACAAGUACCAUGGCUGUCGAAGAAGAGCAGUUCGGUAGCGCAGAACAGAAGAUCCGUCAUGUUCUCAAGGCCUAUACUUCGGGAAAGCUGUUCUUCCCUCGCCAUCUGCUAGAAGACCUUAGCCGCCAGAUUGACCAGGGUUCCGAUGAGGUCCACAUCGCUGAUCUGGAUGGUGUGCCACAGAAACAUAGCCUCAAGGUUCCAUCUUGCAUUCAAUCCAUGACCGCCAUCAAUCCAUUCAUGCCCGACGAGAUUCUACAAGACCAGCCGCCAGUGGCGAUUUGCUAUACGCGUCAAGAUAGAAGACAUGAGAACCCCCUGGAGGAAGUCCACAAGGAAUUUGUGAGGCAGCGCGAAGUAUGGCAGACAAGCGAAGCAUGUGAGAGCUUGCAGAAGCAGCUGGCGACGCUCGCUCUCACUCGGCCCAUCAAGAAGAUUGUCUGUUUUGCUUUGGGGACCAUGGAUCGUCUAAACACACGUUGUGCCACACGCUCGCAUAUGCAGCAUGCCGCGGUCGAGACUGUCGCAGAGGCACUCAAGAAAAGACAAAAUCACCGCUCAGAUGAGAUUCAAUGCUUUGCACAGGACCCGGCCUAUGAUGACGUGGACCUCGAGCUGCUCAGGAUCAUUGGGAUUACGCGCCUGGAAGAUCCAAAGGGUUUUCUGGAAAUUGAUGAAGCCACUUUUGUCUUCUCUGUCAGUCCCAACGUCCCAGUCAAACAAAUCGUCGCCGACGUCCAAUGGCCGGCAGCUAUGCUUUGGAAUACUGUCAGGCCUUGCGAGCCGGACGUCGCCAAGUGGCAGAAGAGGGUGAAGAACGGAGAGAUUACCUGGGUGUGUCCUUAUACUACCGAUCCGGACUCCUCUCGCGUACGAAGGAUGGUGGGUCAUUACGAACAGGCUACAGUGUUUGAUACGGAAGAUUGGUUCGGAGAUCUGACACUGUAUAUGAGAUAA